AUGAUCAGCUCAUUUCUCAGUCUACCACUCUCCCAUCGGCAGCGAAGGAUACUACGCAGAUUGCGGCGGUUGUUGUGCGGGCGACGCUUGCCGCAGACGUGGAAUACUGUACUUUGUCUCCUGUCAAUCCACAUGUACCUCACCGUACCCGUCAUUUUUGCGGCCGGAAUUAUUGAAUGCGAGCUGAAGGGAUUGUUUCGACCCUUUAAGGAAUUGCAAGAGCGCGGCAUUUUGCUGGGCGAAAUCGACGAGGACGUGUUUGAUGUGUUUUAUGCAAAUGAGGACGCCGAAUUGGAU